AUGGCGAGAGCGAGCUUUCGGGCGACUGUUGUCGCGCUCCUCGCCAUCUUCCUCGCAUCCACCUACGGUCCCGAUGUCUUCCGCGCGUUCAAGACCCUCGGCAUCCGUCGCCAGAUCGAGAACACCGUCGUAUCCAGCGCCGUGGACUUUGUCUCAAUCAAGGACACGGCUCAGUGCGAAGAUGUCCAUGUACACGCCCCCAGCGGCCUCUUGUUCGCGGCGUGCGAGGACACCGUCGUGCCCCGAUCCAAGUGGUUCCCGCCGUUGGCAAACUUUGUCGACCCCAGCGUCAUUGGAAACGCCCAGGGGUCUAUCCACAUCAUCGAUCCCAAAACUCUUCAGUCCAAGAGACUAAAGAUUAAGGGCUACGACGACCCCUUUGUCACCCACGGAUUCGAUAUCGUAGCCGACCCCAAGCAGCCUCAGGAUGCCGUCUACAUCUUCGCCGUCAACCACGUGCCGAACCCAGAGUACGUCGCCGCCAAGGCUGGCAAGGGAUCCCGCGACCCAGAGUCCAUCCCCGACAAGUCUCAGUCGCGCAUCGAGGUAUUCCACCACGUGCUCGGCGAAUCUGCCGUCCGUCACAUCCGCACCGUGAGCCAUCCGCUCGUGCAAACUCCCAACGACGUCUACGCGCUCGCCCCCGACUCCAUCUACGUGACCAACGACCACUUUUACCGCGAGGGCCACUUGCGCGGGGUCGAAGAUGUACUGUUCCGCGCCAAGUGGUCUACCACCAUUCACCUCCAUAUCACAGAUCUCGCGGCUAAGGAUCCGUUUGCUGGCGUGACGGGCCGCGUCGCCGUCGAGAACUUGCACAAUAACAACGGUCUCGGCCACGGCCGUGUCGCCGAUGAGAUCCUCAUUGCCAGUUGCGUGAGCGGCACCAUGCACGUCGGCAAGAUCCCUGCUGAUCCGGCCACCGCCAACAUCACUAUCGUCGAGGAUGUGUUGGUCGACACCAUCGUGGACAACCCCAGCUACUUUGCCGAUCCUUACGCCACCGCCGACGAUGACCGCAGCGGCUAUCUGCUCCCCGGCCUCUCCAACGCCAUCAACAUUGGCCACAACAUCUUCGAGGCGGAUGCUAUGGACGGUGUUAUGGUGUACUUUGUGCGCAAGGAUCCCGCUACGGGUGCGUGGAACGAGCGUCUCAUCUUUGCCGAUGAUGGGACGAGGAUCCGCAGCGUGAGUGCAUCCGUUCUCGUCGCGAUUGAUCCUUCCGAGAACGGCGGCAAGCGCCAGGGCUGGUUGUUUGUCACUGGUUUUGUGUCUAGCAACAUGAUUGCUGUCAAGGUUGAUCUCUGA